AUGUUAAAUCCAUUUGAAUUAAUACCAAUAAUAAAGAAUGCACCAUGCAAAAUUGAAUCGAUUGAAAUUUGGCAAAAUAAUAUAUAUUUAGGUACAAAUGAUGGUCAAAUUUUAUUAUAUAUCAUUGAAAAAGUAGAAAAUAAUAAAAAAAUUACCUUUAAAAGUAGAAUGGAAAAUAGUAAAUCAUUAGGAUAUGGUAAAAAACCUGUUGAUAAAUUAUUAUUAAUUGCAGAUAUUGGUAAAUUAUUAACUCUUUGUGAUGGUAAUUUAGAUGUUUUUAGUAUGUAUAAUUUAGAUGGACCAAAUACUCAAAAUGGUAUAUCAACAAAUAAAGGUGUAAUAACAUUUUGUUCAAAGAAAAAGAGUCAAGAAUUUAAGAUAUGUGUUGUUACAAAAAGGAAAUUAACACUUUAUGAAUUUAUUGGUGUAUUUGAUAUGUAUAGGGAGAUUGCAUUACCAGAGUUAGCAUUAACGGUUGAAUGGUGUAAAACAAGUUUAUGUGUUGGAAGUAGAAAAGAGUAUGCAAUCGUUGAUGCCGAUAGUGGACUCUAUAAGAGUCUAUUGGAGUUGGAUAAGAAUGUACCGGGUCCACGUACAAAGUUAAUAUUGGAUCAAGAGAAAUUCCUAUUGACGACAGUGGACCUAUCGGUGUUGGUGGAUUUGCAAGGUGACAUUGUCCAAGGGUCAAUCAUUUGGGACAGCAAUCCAAUGUCGAUGUCGUACCUGGAGCCAUACCUCAUCACCAUACUCCACAACCGGUGCAUAAACAUACACGAUAUGAAAAACCAAAAACUCAUUCAAGAGUUGAAUAAUAGUUCGCAUAAUAAAGGCGCAUCGUCGUCAUCGUCAGUGAUAUCAUUCCAACAGAUUUUCGAAGGACGUGGUAAUGGCAAGGAUUUCAUAGUUUUGUAUGGCAGUUCACCCAAUUCCGUGUACUGUUUGCAUGUUGGGAAUAUCGAUGAUUUAGUACACCAAUUGAUUAAUAGGGGCGAGCAUGAGGAGGCCAUAAGGUUGUUUGAAAUAUUUUUCAAGAGGGAGAGGGCCGAGCUCGAGGAUGGGUACGACCCAAAUAGGGAGAAACAAAUUCACCAAGCUAGACUUUGCAAAGUUUAUGAAUUGGUUGCAAUGUCGGAAUUCUAUAGAUUUAAAUUCUCUUCAGCAUUCAAGUAUCUCCAAUUAUCAAAAUUGGAUCACCGUGCUAUCAUAUCAUUCUUUCCAACUUAUAUGCCCUAUCAAACUAACUAUCGUUCACCAUUUGAUCAAUCUGAUAUUUUCAAAUCCAUUAAAGAUAGUGCAAUUUCAAAUGCACCAAAUACAAUUGAAUUAAAAGAUGUAGAUUCAUUAAUUGAUGAUUCAAAAUCGCAAUUAACUUUAUAUUUAGAACAUUAUAUAAAUAAUAUUAAUAGUAGUAGUAAUGCAUUGUUAAGUGGUAGUGAAGAAUUUAAAGAUUUAACAACAGUUUUAUUAAAGCUAUAUUCUGAAUCAAAUAAAAUUUCAAAAUUAAUAUCAUUAUUAGCAAAAUGUAGAGUUAAUGGUGGUAAUAGUGUAAUUAAUAAUCAAUUCUAUAUUCAAGAUGUUGAAGAAUGGUUAAAUAAUAAACAACUUUAUAAACAAUUAGGAUUGGUUUAUCAGUAUACUGAAAAGUAUAGAAAAGCAUUAUUACUUUGGAAUAGAUUAUCAUUGGGUGAAUUAUCAGAUCAUUUCAAUUGUAAUGGUAUUGAAGAAUCAAUUCAACUUUUAGAAUGUAAACAAAAUCAAGAUAUAUUACCAGAACCAAAUAAAGAAUUGGUUUGGGAAUUUACACCAUUUUUAAUUAAAAUUACACAAGAACAACAACAACAACGAAAUAAUAAUAAUAAUAAUAAUAAUAAAGACAACCAAGAUGAUGGUGAUGAUGAUGAUGAUGAUUCUAUAAAACAAUUACCAAUGAAAAUAUUUUUAAAGAAAAGAAAAGAUCAAUUUAUAAUUGAUGAUGUUAUUGAAUUUUUAACACCAUUUGGUGAUUACUAUUUUCAAAUCUAUUUAGAAUAUUUAAUUUAUCAAGAAGAGAAUAGGGUUGAUUAUUUACAUACAAAGUUAGCAACUUCAUAUAUUGAACAAAUCUUUAAGAAUUGCCCAGAAUUACAAUCUUCUCAAGGUAGAACCGAUAUACCAAUUGCAAAUUCUGAUAGACAAAAAUUGAUUAAUCUAUUGGAAUUAUCAAAUUGUUAUAAUGCUUCAACAUUGUUACAUCGUGUUCGUAAUAGUUUACUCUAUGAAGAAUUGGUUAUACUUUAUCUUAGAAUCGGUCAAUAUGAAAAGAUGUUUAAUAUUAUAGUUUGGAAAUUAAAUAAUUUUAAAAAAGCUGAAUAUAUUUGUGAAUCUUUUGAUCCAAAUUUUAGUUUAUCAAUUACAAAUGUAGUUAGUACUCAAACUACAAUAACACCAACAUCUUCAAAUACACCAAAUUCAUCAUCACCAACAAUCAUGGGUACUUCACCAUCAACAACAAAUUUAAGAAAUUCAAUUAGAUUAUCACAACAAAAUAUAAAUAAUAUAAAUAAUAAUAUUCAAAUAUCUUCAUCACCAAUACAAGGUUUUAAUUUAAUUAAUAAUAAUAAUAAUUUAAAUAAUAAUAAUAAUAAUAAUAAUAAUGAUUCAAAUUUACCAAAAUCAUCAUUAUAUGAUUCAAAAAGACAAGAAUUAUUUUUAUGUUUAUUAAGAACUUAUUUAAAUUAUAAAGAACAAAGUUUAAAGAGUAGUGUAAAGAAUCAAUUAACAAAUUCACUUAUAAAAGAUUCAAAUGGUGAGCCGAUUAUACCACGUUAUAUCAUUGAAUUUUUAAAUCAUUAUUAUGAAGAAAUGGAUCCAAUAAAGGUUUUGGCACUAUUACCAAACUCUAUACCAAUUAAUUUAUUAGAGAGUUAUCUUUCAAAUAGCUUCAAUUAUUCAAUUAGUCAACAACGUGAAUCUAAAAUCGUUAAAAAUUUACAAAAAUCUUUAAAUCUAUCAACUAAAUCCGAAUAUAUGAUGGUUUGUUCUGCUUCGGUUUAUAUUGGUCCCGAUAGACGUUGUGCCGUUUGUUCAAAACCAAUUAGUGAUCGUGUUUUCGUUUACUUUCCAAAUGGUACAAUAGUUCAUCCAAAAUGUUUCCAAAUACCUUUUAUUUGUCCAAUUUCUGCAAGAAACUUUAAAAUGAAUCCUGUUGAAUUUCCUCAAUCAAUUUAA